CUUCUCUGUCUGUUUCUGCAUGAAAAUGGAAGAAGAAUGCACGGAGAAGAAGAAUUGGAAUUAUCAAUAUUUGGACACGAGUUUAGCAGAGAGACCGAUGUGGCUUAUAAAACCCCCUUCUCUCGUCGCUUCUUCUUUCGAAUAUCUUCCUUUUCCCGACGAUUCAUACCUUCCUAUAGUUACCGUCUCCGUCGAUCCUCAAGCUACCGAGGACAAAGAAGCCGAAUUCGUAAUGAAAAUAGCUCGAGCUGAAUCUGGAAACAUUCCAAAACGUUAUACCUUGGAGAUGUCUAAGGAUUUCGUCCCCAUGUAUUCUUACAGUGAAUCUUCAAAAGGAGAAAAGUCAGUUGUAGGGAAGAUUAAAAACAAGAUUGACAUGAGGCCUCAUAACGAGAACAUCGAGAGCUAUGGAAGACUGUGCCGCGAAAGGGCAAGCAAGUAUAUGUGCAAAAAUAGACAGAUCCAGGUCAUUGAUAAUGACAAUGGAAUGCAUAUGAGACCAAUGCCGAGCAUGAUUAUCCCCACCGCGGCUACUGAAAAGAAGAAAGUGACAAACAAGGCAUCGGAAAUGAAGAGAACAAGAAGGGACCGGAGAGAGAUGGAGGAAGUUAUGUUUAAUCUAUUCGAAAGACAAUCGAAUUGGACUCUGAGGCUGCUCAUUCAAGAAACUGACCAACCAGAGCAAUUCUUGAAAGACUUGCUGAGAGAUCUUUGCUUCUACAACAACAAAGGGAGCAACCAAGGAACUUAUGAGCUCAAGCCUGAGUACAAGAAAGCCCCACAGGAAUAGAAACUCUCUCUCUCUCUCCUUCUCUCUCGAUGUCUUAUGGUCCAAUUGAUUUUGGAUUAUUUAGCUAAUAAAAUUGAUUUUCACGUAAUGAAAGGCUAGCUAGUUAGGUACUUCUAUUG